AUGAUGCCUCUGAAUGUUUCUUUGAUAAAAUAUGACAAUCCAUUACUUAUUACUAAAAAUUCAGAUAAAAAAUCUCCCGGGGCACCUACGUUAAAGGGAACUCAUCCAGUUACAGACUCUUCAAACAAACCUUGUGUUUCACCCAGAGGAAAGACAUCUUUAAUUGAAGCUAAAAGCAACCAACAAACAGAAGAAAUAUUGAAUUCGAUUCUUCCGCCUAGGGAGUGGAGUGAAAACGGUCAGCUAUGGAUUCAACGUGCUUCAAGCACACCAGCAACACGACUUGACGUUGUUAAUUUACAGGAAGAGCUCGAUAGACGAUUGCAACAGCGUCAAGCUAGAGAAACUGGAAUAUGCCCAGUCCGCAGAGAACUAUACAAUCAAGUAUUUGACGAACUAAUAAGACAAGUGACUAUUAACUGCGCUGAACGGGGUUUGCUUCUCCUUCGCGUCCGUGACGAGAUAAGAAUGACAAUAGCAGCAUACCAGACACUUUAUGAAUCAAGCAUAGCAUUCGGCAUGCGUAAAGCUCUUCAAUCUGAACAAGGGAAAGCUGACAUGGAACGGAUGAUUAGUGAUUUGGAACAAGAGAAGAAAGAUUUAGAAAGACAAGUAUAUGAAUUAAAAACAAAGUGUGAACAGAUUGAAAAACGUGCAGCAGAACAAAGACAAUUAGAAGAAAAGAAACAUCAAGAUGAAAUACAAUUUUUAAAACGAAAUAAUCAACAACUAAAGGCUCAAUUGGAUGGAAUCAUGAAUCCGAAGAAAUAAUUAUUAUC